AUGAAGACUAUCUACCACAGUGGGAUCAUCGUCACCGGUAGUCGACAGCAGGAUAUGUCCACGCCCCCAACCUGCCUAGUCGUCGAGAACGAUCUCGUUGCCUACGUGGGCAAUGCCGACGACCCCUUCGUCGCAAAGACCAUAGAAGAUGUUGAAGCCCAUAAAAUCAACCUGGGAGGCAGAAUCAUUCUUCCCGGCUUUAUCGACGGACACAUGCAUCUCCUAUUCUUCGGCGCUAGCCUCUCCAAAAUCGAUAUCGAAUCCUGCAAAGAUCUCACAGACAUCCGAACUACCAUCAAAACAGCCGCGCAGCAGAACCCCUCCGCAAAACGCCUCUUCUGCCGCGGCUGGAUGCACACCAUGACCAACGGGAUCGCUCUCGCAAGCAUGAUCGAUGAUCUCGACCGGCAGCAACGGCCGAUCUUCAUCGACUCAAAGGACCUACAUUCGACAUGGUGCAAUACGCCUGCGCUGAAGGAAUUAGGCGUUGAUGAGAACACGCCUGAUCCUGAGGGCGGGGAGAUUAGUCGGGAUGAAGAGGGGAAGCCGAAUGGGUUGCUGAGCGAGGCUGCGAAUGUGAAUAUCGCGUGGCCACAUGUUGCACGUAUUGCGACUGUUGAUGAGCGCGUGAAAUAUAUUCGCGACGCGGUGAGGACGUAUAAUGCAGCGGGAUACACGGGAAUAACGGAGAUGGCAACGAAUGAGACGAUCUGGGAGGCUAUGCGUGUCCUCCGUGAACAGGGGGAUGUGUCGAUUCGUAUGGCUGCAUAUUGGAUUAUCACUCCGUGUAAGACGGAUGGGGAGAAUCUGGCGCAGGUGGAUAGGGCGAUUGAGUUGCGUAAGCAGUAUAACAGCAGCACGUCGCCCGAUUUCCGUAUCGUGGGUAUUAAACUUAUCUGCGAUGGUGUCGUCGAUGCGUGCACUGCAUCUUUACUCAAGCCGUAUUCCACGAACGGUGUUAAUGCAGGAACAAUCUGGGCCCCUGAUGCCCUGCACAAAGUUGUUCAGAAGGCUGAUGCCGCUGGCCUCCAGUGCGCGCUGCAUGCUAUUGGUGAUGCAACUGUGAAACUAGCCAUCGAUAUACUGGAGGCUGUUGGAACUCCAGGCCGCCGCCACCGUAUUGAACAUCUUGAGCUCACGGCGCCAGAAGAUGCGAAGAGGUUGGGUGAUUUGGGAAUCACAGCAUCUGUGCAGCCUGUGCAUGCUGAUCCUGCUAUCCUCCGUGCAUGGCCAGCCUUGCUUGGCCCAGCCAGGUUACAACGUGCGUUCGCAUACAAAGAGUUCCUGGACCAUCACGCACCAUUAGCAAUUGGGACAGAUUCACCAACAGCGCCGCACUGGCCGCUCAAGAAUCUAUACACAGCAACCACACGACGAUCAGCAAGAGAGCCAAAAUUCGAAACCAAAGUAAACGAGCAUUUUGCGCUAGAGUUAGAAGAAGCUGUUUCUGCGGGGACAGCGGGAAGUGCGUACUCGACGUUUGCGGAUGGGUUCAUUGGGACCUUGGUGGAGGGGAAGAAGGCAGAUUUUGUGGUCUGGGAUAUGCAGUGGGACAACGAGAGAUUGUUGGAGGCUGCUGUGCAUGAGACGUAUUUUGGGGGAAGACAAGUCUAUCACCGUUCUUAG